GUCAGAUUUAUUUUCUAUUAAUAGGGUAAAGAUCACCCAGAGGAUGAUAAAACAGUUAACAAAGACAACUCAAGUAAUACGUCAGUGAAGAAGGAAAAAGUCAGAGAGGCUCCGAAGGUGCGAGCUACCAGUCCCGAACCAAUGGAGGUAGAGCAGGACAUCAAGAAAGAGAAGGCAGAAAAACCAUCGGACAACUCCGCAUCGUCCAAGAUAAAGAAACCUAAAAAGCAGAAGGAGCCCCCGCCAAAGACAGAGUCUUCCUCACCCCCGGGGCCCAGCCCCACCCCGGUCCACCCGCCAGUGGUACCCACCAGUCAUUCACAACCCUCAGGUGGGGCCUCUUACAACAAGCCUCCAGUCUCCCUGUUGAAGAAGACGUGUGAGCCGUUCUUACAGGACGAUUCUUGUAGUGAGGUCACCCCUAAACUGAUGAAAUGUCGGGAAUGUAAGAUGACGCCCACCCAGCGCAGCAAGAAGCUUCCCAACAUCUUCUGUAGAUUUUAUGCCUUCAGAAGGUAGGUCUUGUCAAACUUGCAAAUUUUCUCAU